UUUUAUGCAAAACAACAAAAAUUCUUCCGAGCAAAUACUUGUAAGACGUUUACGUCCAAUUUAUGAUGCUAUCGACACUGGACAAUACAAAAAAGCAAUAUUAGAGGCAGACAAAGUUUUAAAGAAACAUUCACAAAUCAACGGAGCUAGGGUAAUUUUAUUUAUAUAUUUUUUAAUUAAUUUAUUAAUUUUAGGCUCUUAA